AAGUAGGCGGCUCGCUUCCGCUCCUCCGCCUCAACCCGCCAGUGCAAUGGACGAACAUUAACAUCAAGCUAGCUCUUUGUUUACCGCAGCUAGCUUCAAAUUAUCGCUACUGCGUUUUUUUUUUUUGGUUUUUUAAGAAAACUAAAUCAUUUCACGAAGAAACCUCUCACCCCCCCCCCCAGAGCAACACAGAAGAAUCGAACAUGUUAGUCAACACGCAGCGGAAGUCCCUUCACUUGUCCGCCGGAGUCAUGAGCUGUUUUAUCCUGCCUCAAAAUGGAGUCGCUGAAAGCGCCAACGUCUACGGGUCGUCGGGAAAUUCCUCCCCGCAGUUAGACUCGCGCAGCGCGGGCGUCGGCGACGUCGCGAAGCGGCCGAAAAACCUGCAGGUCACCGCCAUCCCCGGCGGAUACGCGGCGAAGAUCUGCCGGGAGAACGGCGACGUGGACGGCGGCUCUCUGCCGUGCACUCCCGAGCCCGAGUCGCACGACGACGUGGACAGCUGCUCGGCCGCGGACGAGUUGCUGGAAAGUAUCACCCGGGAGCUCAUCAGUACGUUCUUCACGGACUUUGUCGGCCACACGGAGCCGCGGUUUUACGACAGCAAAGCGCUAUCGACGAUGAAGAGAGUCGUGGACGGAGUUCUUGAGAAGCACAGAUACGCUUACAAUGGUAUGAUCAACAAACUGUCACUGGACGACAGGGCGGGUGAUAUGGGGUUUGUCAGUGCUGUGGCCAAGAGCCUCUUCAAAGAUGGCACCACCAACUGGGGCCGGAUCGCCAGCCUGGUGGCCUUCGGGGCUGUGGUGUGUCAGCACCUGAAGGAGAAGGGCCGUGAGAACAAUGUGGAGCUGGUCGGUCAGGAAAUCUCCACGUACCUGCUGUCCCACCAGAGAGACUGGCUGGUGAAAAACAACUCUUGGGACGGCUUUGUAGAGUUCUUCAGAGUAUCAGACCCUGAGAAGACGGUGAGGAACACGCUGCUGGGCCUCGCUGGGUUUGCUGGUAUCGGGGCGACACUGGCCCUGUUGAUCAGGUGAAUUUGGACACUUGGAAUUUGAAUCUGUUUUUCCACAAAUGCUGGACGCUUCCUCUCUAAAGAACCUUUCGCCCCCUUGGCAUUGGACUAAAGAAGAUGGACAUUUCAGCUUGACUUGUACUCAAGUGAUAGAGACAAUCACACACUGGUUGUUACUUUUAUCUUGUUUUUUCUCCUUGGGCUCCCUUCCCCCACACCCACCAAACAAGUCCACUUUUCACUGUUGGCAUAAAGGAACUUAACAUCCUGCAGACAACCCUCAAACAAUUAGGAGUUAUUUAAUUUACAAAGAAAUUUGUUUUUCUAAUACACGUGUGAUGAUUCUAUGCAAAUUACAAUGGUAAUGGGAAGUUGUUUUUUAAUGUCCUUGAUAUUCUUCUCAAAUUGUUUACAUUAUCCUAAUUAUGAAACCUUUCCUGGCAGUGAGGGUGUUAGCAGGCAGUGCCCAGGCCAAAGCAGGAAGGGACAAGCUGCAUUUUUUUCCAUGACAUGCAGCCAUGAAGCCCAUUUCCAUAGAGUCCAUUCAUAACCCCUGGAUUGUUUGUAUGGAGGCCUCAACCAUGUGAAGGGAGGAGGUGAAUUUGCAUGAGUGUAGCUCUGUUUCCUUGUCGAGAAAAUGAAACUGACCAGACGAGAGUACGCACUUGCCGGACUUGUGGCUGCACGGCAGCCUGGGAGGUUCGAGUGUCAGGAGAAUCGAACAAGGAACGUGAGGCUGAAAGACGCAGAUUGGGCUAUUCCACUGCACCGAAGCUGACAGAGAGAGGGAAAUGAGUAAUAGUACAGAUCCAGUUGUAAGCUAACAUAUCUGUAUAGAUUGAAAUAAUAAAGAAGACAAAUAUAAUUCACAUGA